GGGGGCGGGGCCUCCCGGGGCUCUGCGCAGCCGCAGUGAGGAGGUCGGGGUCCUGAGCUGCAGCGGAAGAGGAGCGUAGUCGGCGCUCCCGGGGGCGUCCUAAGAUGCCUCCGAUGGAGGAGUUCCUGGGCGGCACCUCGGAGGCGGCGGUUCCGGAAGGGAGACGGGCAGACCUCCUCCUGGCGGCCUCCGCCCCCUAGGCCCGGAGACCGGCGGCGGGGGCGGCAUGGCCGGGCGGCCGGACGAUGACGUGCCCCUCAUUCUCACCUCGGACGACGACGGGCGGGACCCCCUGGCUCUCCGCCCCGGCCCGGGCCCGGAGGAGCCCGACCAGAACGGAAGCGGCUACUCAGUCAGCGCCGUGCGAGACCCCGACCCGGAUCCGGAACGCCCCACCCGCCCCGGCUGGGACAUCAACUACCAAGAGGCCGCCAUCUACCUCCAGGAAGGCGAGAACAACGACAAGUUCUUCACCCACCCCAAGGAUGCCAAAGCCCUGGCGGCCUACCUCUUCGCCCACAACCACUUCUUCUACCUGAUGGAGCUGGCCACCGCCCUGCUGCUGCUGCUGCUGUCUCUCUGCGAGGCGCCCGCCGUGCCCGCCCUCCGGCUAGGCAUCUACGUGCACGCGACGCUGGAGCUGUUGGCCUUGAUGGUGGUGGUGUUUGAGCUGAGCGUGAAGAUGCGCUGGUUGGGCUUCCACACUUUCGUCCGGCACAGGCGGACCAUGGUCAAGACGGUCGUGCUGUUGGUGCAGUUCAUCGAAGCCAUCGUGGUGCUGGUACGACAGACGUCUCACGUGCGGGUCACCCGGGCCCUGCGCUGCAUCUUCCUGGUGGACUGUCGCUACUGUGGCGCCGUCCGACGGAACCUGCGGCAGAUCUUCCAGUCUCUGCCCCCCUUCAUCGACAUUCUCCUCCUCCUGCUCUUCUUCAUGGUCAUCUUCGCCGUCCUGGGUUUUUAUCUGUUCUCUCCCAACCCCUCGGACCCCUAUUUCAGCAGCCUGGAGAACAGCAUCGUCAACCUCUUCGUCCUCCUGACCACUGCCAAUUUCCCGGACGUGAUGAUGCCUUCCUACUCCCGGAGCGGUUGGUCCUGUGUCUUCUUCAUCGUGUACCUCUCCAUCGAGCUGUACUUCAUCAUGAGCCUGCUCCUCGCCGUCGUGUUCGACACCUUCAACGACUUCGAGAAGCGGAAGUUUAAGUCCCUGCUGCUGCACAAACGGACCGCCAUCCAGCACGCCUAUUGCCUCCUCACCAGCCAGCGGGUGCAGGCCGGGAUCUCUUACAAGCACUUCGAAGGGUUGAUGCGGUUCUACCAGCCGCGGAUGCGAGCCCGAGAACGCUAUCUCACCUUCAGAGCCCUCAAUCAAAGCAAUAUGCCCGUCCUCAGCCUGGAGGAUUUUUACGACAUCUACGAAGUCGCUGCCUUAAAGUGGAAGGCCAAGAGGAACCGCGAGUACUGGUUUGAUGAGCUUCCGCGGACGGCCUUCCUCAUCUUCAAAGGCAUUAACAUCCUGGUCAAGUCCAGGGCAUUCCAGUACUUCAUGUACGUGGUGGUGGCCGUGAAUGGGCUGUGGAUCCUCGUGGAGACGUUCUGCCUUCCAGGGGGGAACUUCUUCUCGAAGGAGGUGCCCUGGAGUUCCAUCUCCUUCCUGACCGUGUACGGGGUGGAGCUCUUCCUGAAAACCACUGGUUUGGGUCCCGUGGAGUACCUCUCCUCCGGCUGGAAUCUGUUCGACUUCUCAGUCACGGUGUUGGCCUUCCUGGGACUCGUGGCCUUGGCCUUCGACCUGGGCCCCUUGUAUUUCAUCAUGGUCCUGCGUCCCCUCCAGCUGCUGCGGCUGUUCAAACAGAAGAACCGCUAUCGGAAUGUGCUGGACACCAUGUUCGAACUGCUGCCUCGCAUGGCCAGCCUGGCCCUGACCCUGCUCAUUCCUGUAUUCUUCGCCAUCGUGGGCAUGGAGUUCUUCUCCGGUACCCUGUACCCCAACUGCUGCAACACCAGCACCGUCGCCAAGUCGUACCGCUGGGUCAACCGCACUGAGGGCAACAGGACCGUGGAGGACCAAGGCUACUACUAUCUCAACAACUUCGACCACAUCCUCAACAGCUUCGUGACCUUGUUCGAGCUGACCGUGGUCAACAACUGGUACAUCAUCAUGGAAGGAGUCACCUCUCAGACAUCGCACUGGAGCCGCCUGUAUUUCAUGAUCUUCUACAUUGUGACCAUGGUGGUGAUGACCAUCAUCGUGGCCUUCAUCCUCGAGGCCUUCGUCUUCCGCAUGAACUUCAGUCGGAAGAACCGGGACUCGGAAGUGGAUGGCGGCAUCGUGCUGGAGAAGGAGCUCUCCCGAGCGGAGCUGGGGGCCCUCCUGGAGCAGAGCCGGCUGAGGCGGGGGACCCCCUCGGACGUGGCCCAGCUGCACGAGGCCCUCGCGCUCCUGGACGAGGCCGGGCAAAGCUCUAUGGUGUUUCUGGGGCGCCGAUCCAGGACCAAAAGUGACCUGAGCAUAAAGAUGUACCAAGAGGAGAUCCAGGAAUGGUACGAGGAGCAUUCACGGAGGCAGGAGGAGCAGCAGCGGAGGCACGGCGGGGCGGCGCCCCCCUCCCAGCCCGGCCAGGCUGCGGGGGUCCGGCAGCGGUCUCAGACGGUCACCUAGCCCCGGUUGACUGACCCUUCAUUCUAUGCAAUUACCCUAGAGUGUUGUUCGACUCCCUGCCCCGGAGGGCCGGCGCCAGCGGGUGGGGGUGGAGGGGGCGAUGGGGUUGAGGGGGUGCAUCCAAGGUGACGGGUCUGGUUUUUAACUCCCUCCAGCACCUCCCUGGGUCACCCCCAUCCCCCCAGACCCCAGACCUCAUCCGCCCCCGCGGGCCACCCCAGCCCUGGACCGCCUCCCUCCCCACCCCCCGGGCCCUCUCCGGAGGGCGGCGGUUGCCCUGGGAGUUGAGACCGCCCACCUCCAACGGAAUCCCGCCGCCCCCUGGGGCUGCUUCCGGGCAGGGUGGCGGUCCCGGAGGGGCCACCCUCCCCUAUUUAGGCUGACCCCUGGCACCUGCCCCGGCAGAAUCACCGCAACACCCCCGGAAGCCGGGAAAUGAGCUCUUAAAUGUGGUAACCUGCUCUCCUAGGGGGCAUCUGUCCUUAGGACACAGGGAAAGGACAAUCAGGGAGUGAGCUUAUAUUCAUAUAUAUAUGUAUGUAUAUAUAUAUAUAUACACAUGUAUAUGUAUAUUCUCUAUAGGAUCUAUUUCUUUCCAGUUAAGCAAGUGCAGGCUCGGGGCGGUGGGGGCUCAUUCCCACAAAGCCCCUUUCCUGUGGGCCCAGGCCCAGCUGGAAGCCCCCAAGCUAGGCUUUGGGAACGGGGGGCAGAGCUGAGGGAAGUGGGCUGAGCACAACCAGCUGGGGCUGACCCCCCCCAGACCUCCACCCCCUCACCGGGCCCAAAAGAGUGGGCGGCCAAGCCCUCUUCCCUCCGCCCGUGGUCUUCCACCCCUCCCCAGCCUGGGAACCGGGGUCCCCUCACGGCCCGGCUGCCUUGGCUUCGGCCCGGGGGGGCGCGGGGGACCCUGGAAGGGCUGGACCAGAAGUCGGAGGAAAGCCAGAGAAGGGGAGACUUGGGUUCAAGUGGCCGAGGCCCAGGCCUCUGCCCUGGGAUGCCUCUUCGGCCCAGGAAUCCUCAGCCUCCCCCGCCUCGGAGCAGACGAUGUACCCUGCUGGACUCCGUCCCCGCUCGCCGGCCGGAUCUCGGUCUAAUUACGACAGCUUCUCUGGCUCGGGACAUCCGAGUCUAGAUGUGGAGACGCCCUCCCCCCGGCCCCAGCCCGAGAGGACGAUCCCCGCUGGCUGGACGACAGGGAUCACGAGGGCCCCGGGAAGUCCAGUGAUAUGUCCAAAGAGUCCUUUCGGCCUCUGCCCCGGGGUGGGCUGCCCCCCCCCCCCCGCCCCCGGGGGCCGGUCUGAAAGAAGAUAGCACCUUUGGGGUUAAGGGGCGCCCCUCUCCGUACCCCACCCUCCCCACCCUGUUCCUCCCCAACCCCCCGCAGCCCCUAGCCUUACUCGACACCACUCAGACAAUCAUUUUGUACAGACGAGGGAAGAAGCGUCGAAAGAUUUUGUACUUGGGCAGUUUGUGAUAUAAACAGUCCCCCGCUCGAGGGUCUUUGGAUUUCAGGCGCAUUAAUAAAGGAUCGUCCGCUCGGGACAGAGAGGCG